AUAAUAUCAAAGAGAACACGUUAAUUUAAAUUGUUAGUAAAAUGGCACAUUGGUUUCAUCGUAACGUGCUAAAAGCCACGACAAAUCAAAAAUUCGAAUUAAAAAUAACUGAUCCUACUGAUGCUACAAGAAAACUAUGCAGUGAUCUAAGAUUAUCAAGAAGUCGUCUUUUGGAGUUAAUAAAAAAUGCAAAUAAUUCAAGUGAUACUAUAGAACCAGCCUUUCAUAGCUAUUUAAGCUUAGUGUAUGGAUUUAUAUGGGAAAUAAAUUCUGCUGCAGAACAAUCUGAACAUGUUGGCAGACCUAAUCCUAGCAAACUUAGAAAUGUUAUUGUAUAUAAGUGGACACACACUUUAUUGGGAUCAAGUACCUAUUCUAGUGCUGAUUCUGUUUAUGAAGCAGCUAAUAUGAGCAUGAAUGUAGGACUUUGGUUCAUGAAACAUGCUGCAAUGAUUGCUGCCAAGGAUGAUAUAAAUAUGAAUGAAGCAAAAGAUGUACAUACUAUGCUAAGACGGGCUGCAGGAAUAUUUACUUUUGUACAAACAGAAUUUUUACCACAAUUGGCAAAUCCUCCACCAUUAGGAAGUGAUCUAGAUCCAAGAAUAAUAAAUGCAUAUGUGAAUCAAUGUACAGCGGAAGCACAGGAAGUGACAGUAGCCAGAGCAGUGGAACUAAAACAUAAUGCUAAUUUAAUAUCAGCACUAGCUAAUGAAACAAGUAAAUUAUUUCUGGAUGCUGCUAAUACCUUACGUCCAUUUAAAGCAGAGAUAUCAGCACAGUGGAUUAAAUAUCUGGAACUCAAAGCAGCAUUUUAUCAAUCCUAUGCUUAUAAUUAUUGUGGUGAGAAUUUAUUAUCUAUGGAUAAGUGUGGAGAAGCAAUUAAAGCCUUACAGGAAAGUGAAGCAUGUUUAAAGAAAGCAAAGACAUUAUGUCAGGAGUAUGGAAAAAUAAAUGGACCAGCACCUAGAGUAAAACCAGAUCAACAUGCUGUAUUUAAACGCCUAACACCUAUAGUAAAACUUACUCUUGAUAAAUGUAACCGUGAAAAUGGUUUAAUUUAUCAUCAUACAAUACCAGGGGAGGUUCCAACAUUGGAUACAAAAGCUACUUUUGGUUUAGUGAGUCCAAUUGAUUUUCAAAUGCAAUCACAUCAUCCUAUAUGGAACUUGGAUGUAUAUAGAACAUUGUCUGGAUUAAACCCUGCUAAACUAGAAAAAGAACAAAAUUUACCUCCUGUUAAAGAAGAUUCAAUUCAUCAAACUACCAAAGAUCCAAAGAAUACAAGUGGAUGUUUAUUGCAAUAAAUUGUUUAAUGCAGAAA